CCAGCAGAAGCCAUGUCAACGGAACCAGCCGUUGGCAUUGACUUGGGGACCACCUAUUCUUGUGUGGAGGUCUUUCAGCAUGGCAAAGUGGAAAUCAUUGCCAAUGACCAGGGCAAUAGGACCACACCAAGUUACGUAGCAUUCACAGACUCAGAAAGGCUGAUUGGUGAUUCAGCAAAGAACCAAGUAGCAAUGAACCCCACCAAUACUGUCUUUGAUGCAAAGAGGCUGAUUGGACGGAGGUUUGAUGACACCGUUGUGCAUUCAGACAUGAAGCACUGGCCAUUCGCCAUUAUCAAUGACAGCUCGCGCCCCAAAGUUCAAGUUGAAUACAAAGGGGAGACCAAGGCCUUUUAUCCAGAGGAGAUUUCAUCUAUGGUGCUUACAAAGAUGAAGGAAAUUGCAGAGGCAUACCUUGGAAAAACCAUUACAAAUGCGGUCAUUACUGUUCCUGCUUACUUCAAUGACUCUCAGCGUCAGGCCACAAAGGAUGCUGGAACUAUCUCUGGUCUUAAUGUUCUACGUAUUAUCAACGAACCUACUGCUGCUGCCAUUGCUUAUGGCCUGGACAAGAAAGUUGGCUCUGAGAGAAAUGUCUUGAUCUUUGAUCUCGGUGGUGGUACUUUUGAUGUGUCCAUCCUUACCAUUGAGGAUGGCAUCUUCGAGGUCAAGUCUACAGCCGGACACACUCACCUCGGGGGAGAAGACUUUGACAAUCGCAUGGUCAACCAUUUUGUCUCAGAGUUCAAGCGCAAAUACAAAAAGGACAUCAGCGACAACAAGAGGGCCGUCCGUCGGCUGCGGACAGCCUGUGAGAGAGCUAAGCGUACCCUGUCCUCCAGCACUCAGGCCAGUAUCGAGAUCGACUCUCUUUAUGAGGGAAUUGAUUUCUACACAUCCAUCACUAGGGCUCGUUUUGAAGAGCUGAAUGCUGAUCUUUUCCAUGGCACCUUGGAUCCAGUAGAGAUGUGCCUCCAUGAUGCUAAACUGGCCAAGUCUCAGAUUCAUGACAUUGUCCUUGUUGGAGGUUCCACCCGGAUUCCCAAGAUCCAAAAGCUGCUGCAGGAUUUCUUCAAUGGCAAGGAGCUUAACAAGAGCAUCAAUCCAGAUGAAGCUGUUGCCUAUGGAGCAGCUGUUCAGGCAGCCAUUUUAUCUGGAGAUAAGUCUGAGAAUGUCCAGGACCUGUUGCUCCUGGAUGUUACCCCUCUGUCCCUAGGUAUUGAAACAGCUGGUGGCGUUAUGACCAUCCUGAUCAAACGGAACACUACCAUACCAACCAAGCAAACACAGACGUUCACCACCUACUCAGACAACCAGCCUGGUGUCCUCAUUCAGGUGUACGAGGGUGAGCGAGCCAUGACAAAGGACAAUAACUUGCUUGGAAAGUUUGAGCUGUCAGGCAUCCCUCUUGCUCCUCGUGGAGUUCCCCAGAUUGAAGUAACCUUUGACAUUGAUGCCAAUGGUAUCAUGAAUGUCUCUGCUGUUGACAAGAGCACCGGCAAGGAGAACAAGAUCACUAUCACCAAUGACAAAGGUCGUCUAAGCAAGGAGGACAUUGAGCACAUGGUCCAGGAAGCUGAGAAGUACAAGGCUGAGGAUGAUGUUCAAAGAGAAAAAGUGUCUGCUAAGAAUGGCCUUGAGUCCCACGCCUUCAACAUGAAGUCCACAGUUGAGGAUGAGAAACUCAAGGGCAAGAUUAGUGACGAGGACAAGCAGAAGAUUCUCGACAAGUGCAAUGAGGUCAUAAGCUGGCUGGACAAAAACCAGGCCGCUGAGAAAGAUGAGUUUGAGCAUCAGCAGAAGGAAAUAGAGAAUGUGUGCAACCCUAUAAUCACCAAAUUGUACCAGAGUGCUGGUGGAAUGCCAGGGGGCAUGCCUGGAGGCUUCCCAGGAGCUGGAGGUGCUCCUGACGGAGGUGAAUCCUCUGGACCAACUAUUGAAGAAGUUGAUUAA